AUGGAUGAAGGACGUCACCAUGUUAGCCAGAAGGAACUUGGUUUUAGAAAACCCGAGAUCUUCAACGGUUCAGACUGUUCGAAGCUUACGGAAUUUAUAAACCAAUGCAAGAACUACAUGGCCGGAAAUAGCCAUGUCUACCAGGAGGACAAUCAGAAGAUCGCAUUCGUGCUAUCACACAUGCAAGGAGGAACAGCAGGAUCAUGGGCACAGAGCUUCAUAGAAACGGAACUCACCAAUGAUGACUUCCUUUCUUAUGGGAGUUGGAGAGACUUCAUUGCGAGUGUGAACAAAGCAUUUGGCGAUGAAAAUAUUGAAGAAACCGCUCGUACCUUGCUGCGUAACAUCAAGCAAGGAACUCGUACUGCGGACGACUACAUUGCCGAAUUCCGAUCGCUUGAAUCCAAGGCGAAACUAGAAGAUGCCGGAAAUAUUGAGUAUUUCAAGUGGGGGCUUAACGACCCACUCCGACAAAGGAUAUAUGGGAUGGAAAGCAUGCCCAAGACACUUGACAAGUGGUACGAAUACGCCUCGCAGUUUGAUAACCAAUGGAGAUCUGCUCAGAUCUUCAAGUGA